AUGGUGGAACACGAGCAAGAUCAGAUCACAGUGGCAAGGCCCCGUGACCGUGAAAAUAUUCUGGGCGAGUUGCUGGCCCAGAAUGUUCCCACACUUGUGGCUGUGAUAGUUUCUGGGUCCCUCCCACACUUCAAAAAGAAGUCUAGCACCCUGGCUCCUGCCACCAAACAUUUAUCCUUGAGUGUUAUGGCCCCAUGGGUCUCUCUACCGGGUGAUGAUGUGCCUUUGCCUCUAUUGCUCCUCGACGCUUGGGUGGCCCAGUGCCAAAUCAGUUUGAAAGGCGCUUGGUUUUUCCCUCAGGCACAAGAUUUGAUGGACCAACUACUUGGAGUGUUUCAGUGUCGAUUUCUGGAGGGAAAUCUUGGCGAUAAGGCAGGUUGGACAGUCUCUGUCUGUGAGCAUGGAAGCCAGAGCGCUCUAGAGCUAGCAGGCUACAUCGAUCUAUUUCGUGUUUAUACUAAAUUCACGAUUCAAGAGGGCCACAUUAAGUAUGUGGACACGAUGAAAGAUAUCAAUGCACAAGCUUUACCCUCUCAGUUGAUCUCAUUUUUGAACAUUCCACCCACCCAGCCCAAUGCCUCCCACGAUGCUACAAACCCACCUUUGGUGGAGCUGGAAGAUUUGAGUGCAUGGGCGGAAUGUGGGAUUAUAUCUCAACUAUCGCAUAAUGAUGCCAUCCAUGUAUUUCGUCCUCCCAAAGUCACCAAUGAACUUCAUCUUUCAAUGAAACCGUACAAUAUUUUUCACAUUUAG